AUGAGCAAACCGGUCUUUGCUGCCCCGCCUGGCUACACAGUUGAUCUACAGAACCCGCAGAGGUCGGGCGAAGCUGCAAAUGUCUGGAUUGGUGCGGUUGGCAUGGUGGUUGCUGCAGCGUUCUUGAGUAUUCGGAUCUACACCAAAACGGUUUUAGCAAAGAACUUUACUGCUGAUGAUGGAUCACUUCUAGUAGCAUGGGCCUUCUCCGUAGCUAUUCAGAUCAUCAUCAUCUAUCAAUACGGCAAUGGCACACUAGGCGUCCACAUCUGGGAACUCACUGGAUAUGAGGUCAACACAUCAAUUAAUCUUGUCAGUGUGACAGGUAUCCUGUACUGUCCUUUCUCAGCUUGCGCAAAACUUUCUCUGCUCUUCUUCUAUCUCAAGCUCUCACACCUGCGCUGGUUCCGACUCUGCGUCUACGGCAGCAUGUUUGUCGUUGUAGGGUACAACAUCGCAAUCGUAUUCCCGCUUGUCUUCUCCUGUACACCGUUCAUGAAAGGCUACGACAUUACCAUCACAGAGGGAUAUUGCCUCGAUCGCACACCACUCUACAUGGCAACGGCUGUCUUGAACAUGAUCACAGAUAUCCUAAUACUCGUCCUACCAAUACCGAUGAUUGUCAGGUUGCAAAUGCCAAAGGUGCAGAAGGCGGGACUUAUCUGUAUAUUUGGAGUAGGCUCUGCAACAUGCGUCACCAGCGGUAUCCGCCUAUCACUUCUUUUCCCGAUGCUGAAAAAUCCCGACGUACCGUGGGCAGUCGUCACACCUGGUAUAUGGAUCCUCAUUGAAUCCAACCUCAUCAUAAUCACCGGCUGCCUCCCUACAAUGCGCCUCUUUUUCCGGCAUGUCGCCCCGCGCCUGAUUGGCGAAUCCUCGAUCGGAAGUCGCUCCCAGAAACCUGGCACAGGAUACGGCACAGGAUACGGCACCAACUCAGCACACCUUGCGUCAGAGCUGCAUACCAUGAAAUCUGCGCGCACGAGGACGUACAACCGCAUGGAGAACGAGGAUAACGUGAGUAUUGGGAGUGAUGAGCGGGUCGAGGCCGGGUGGUAUGGUGAUGCGAGUUCGGCGCGGGCAAUCAUUCCGCUGGAUGGGAAAGGCAUUGUGAAGACAGAGACCACCGUCAUCAGGUCUGAGAUUGUGAAAGAAGAUGGGAAGGAGAGAGGGGAUUGGUAG